UUCUGUUUAUGGGGCAUUCUGAGCCUGACAGCAGAAAGCUAUAAUUGCAGUGAUGUAAUCCAAGUAUCCUUUGAGUGUCCCACCAUCAGCAUGUCCUCAGGCGCAUCUUCUCCUGUGAAGUCCACCACCCCUCCUCUGUCCCCGCUGUCGCCAGUCUCUCCAGUUUCCCCCAGCUCUCUGCGUCUGCCUGCCUGCCGCCAAAGAGACCGGUCACCCUCCCCCAUGAGGGGCUACCUGAUUCCCAGCCCCCUGCCCACCCGCCGCAAUCGCACCUGCUCAGCUACAGUGCGUGCAGCUGAGGGGCCGGUCUUCACUGGGGUCUGCAAGUGCUUUUCACGUUCCAAAGGGCACGGUUUCAUCACGCCAUCAGAUGGAGGCAAUGACGUCUUUGUGCACAUAUCUGACGUCGAGGGUGAAUAUGUGCCUGUGGAAGGAGAUGAAGUUAGCUACAAGAUCUGCUCUAUUCCACCCAAACAUGAGAAGAUCCAGGCCGUGGACGUGACCAUCACUCAUUUAGUGCCAGGCACCAAACAUGAGACCUGGUCUGGAGCGGUGGUUGAAUCAUGAGAUGCUCUCUAACUCUGAACUGUGUGAUAGUUAUGUCAAAAUGGGUUUCUGUUCCUUUUCUGGAGGUUUGGGUGGGAUGGGAACGGGUCCGAAUUAAUGAAUGCUUUUAAGUGCUGUGACAUGACGCCACAAUUCCUAUAAAAAUAUGAAGUCCCCCCCCCUUUCUUUCUUUGGUCCCAGGAAGGGAGUUUGUUUAAAAUUCUCUAUUAUUGGGUUUGUGGUUAAUAAUGUGGAAUGAACAACAGUCAGUUAUACUUACCCUAUCCACCAUAGAUUGAUUUGAAUGUUCUUAAGAACUGACUGCACUCUUAACAAUAAGCCUCGACGCAUAUCUAAAUGGCUAAAAUAUGUAUUCACUGAAUUUUUUUUUUGUCUGUCUACAUUGUCAAAAUAUAUCACUUUGAUCAUUUCUCAUGUGCACAUGUUUCUUGGUCAUUUUGCUUCAAAGACAUUCAAGAACAACAAAAGAUUAAUCAAAAUGUCCAGAUUUAUUUUAUAACUUCCUCAGACAACAUUUAGGUUUUAUGUAGAAAUUACAUCAACAAUAAUUUCUUUCUAACUGUACUACACAUUACUGUAAACAUAUGCAGCAUUUUUUUUAAUUAAUUGUUAUCUGUUUCAAUAAUACACAUUUUUCAAUUAAAUACUGACUUUGCAGAGUACAGAUAGACACAUAUCGGAUCGCUGCGGCCUUUCUGCACGCUGCCUGUCCACAACAUUAAAAGAAUGUUUAAAGGCAUCCAAAACAGCAUGAAUUACAUUUCUAUAUUACACUAACAUACGGGACACAAUAUCACAAAAGAAUAACACACUGUGUUAGAGAGGGUGUGAUUUUGCGCACAUUAAUAUUUGAUGCGUUAAUGUCAGUUAAAUAAGGAACUUGAUUCCGAUGCGGCAACAAUAUUUGGGGGUUGGUGUUCACAAACAAACUUACACAAUGAGCAUUGCAUAAUCUAACUACAGUAAGUACAUACUGGGGUUUAAGUGUUUGAAAAGGAAAAGAUGAUUAAAACGAACCAAGCUGAAGCUCGGAGCAACUGGAAGAGUAGAAUCACCCCGAAGAUCAAUCUUUUACAGGCUGCGAUAACCAUAAAGUGAAGAUGACCUUCUAGUGGUUAUCCAGCGCAACAAUAUACCUUUUCUUACAUGGCCUGUAAUGAGAAACAUGAGGGGAUCAUGUUCUCCUGAGCAGGGGCUGAACACUAAGCCGAGCGGCCUCAAGCUUGUGCUUAUCAAACAUGCUUCCAGACAGAUUUCUAUUGCUAGAUCAGGUGGACAUUUGGCUGUGAAAAUACAGAUUUAUGGCCCUGUUAAUUCUGUAGGAUCGUAGAAAAUGUCAGCCCUCCCGUUACCUCACCAAGUUGUGCUUUAAAUGUUUUGUGCUGGCAACAUUACAUUCAUAUACCUCAACGGGAUUCAAACAAAGAGACCUUGCGUCAUAGUAAUGACAAUGAUCAAUGAUACAGUAAAGCAGCCACCUCAAUAAAGGGACUUGCUGAUUGUUUGAAGGGUUUCAUCUCAACAGAUGUCCUAUUAAAAUGGGAAUAGAGGCUCUACAGUUCUCCGCACCUUCACUUUUUCCAGCUUGGCUCUCUCUAGCGCCUCAGGACGCAAUCAAGCCAACACUGCUUCUACGAUUUAUCUUUCACACAUGCUUUUAAUUCAGAGAGGAUCGUAAUAUUCAGGUACUCCGUAAAUUCAUUCUUCCGUCAUGCAAAAUUACACACUAUAGACAUUUCAAAUGCAGCCAUUUCUCUAUAGAUACUAAAAUAGUUCGAUUUUAUCUCCACAAAAACUAUUUUCUGUAGUUUUGGUGUCAUACACAAUUAGAGCACUAAUCUUUUCAUGUUACCUUCCAAACGCUAAGGACUUUUUUUAUUUGACAAAAGGAUAUAAGAAGAAAUAUUGCGAUUAGAAAUCCUGUUCUGUCU